AUGGGUCAUGAAUCUGAUUGGACGCUACCAACGAGUUUCAGGAUCAGAAAAGAUAACUCCACGAUGGGAACAGGACUACCAUCUACAGCCCAUGGGCAAGCUGGGGUUGUUCUAUGAGUAUCUGGAGAUGAUUAUUCAGUUUGGGUUCGUCACCUUAUUUGUGGCCUCUUUUCCACUGGCUCCCCUGCUGGCUCUGGUGAACAAUAUAUUGGAAAUAAGAGUGGAUGCCUGGAAACUGACAACCCAGUUUAGACGCAUGGUGCCAGAAAAAGCCCAGGACAUCGGCGCGUGGCAGCCCAUCAUGCAAGGAAUAGCCAUCCUGGCUGUGGUGACCAAUGCCAUGAUCAUUGCUUUCACAUCAGACAUGAUACCUCGCCUGGUGUAUUAUUGGUCCUUCUCCAUCCCUCCCUAUGGGGAUCACACUUACCACACCAUGGACGGCUACAUCAACAACACCCUCUCCGUCUUCAACAUCACAGACUUCAAAAAUGCAGACAAAGAAAACCCGUACAUUGGGCUUGGCAACUAUACCUUGUGCAGGUACCGUGACUUCCGAAACCCACCAGGGCACCCACAAGAGUAUAAACACAACAUCUACUAUUGGCAUGUGAUUGCCGCCAAGCUAGCUUUCAUCAUUGUCAUGGAGCACAUCAUCUACUCUGUGAAGUUUUUCAUUUCAUACGCAAUUCCAGAUGUGUCAAAAAUCACGAAGAGCAAGAUCAAGAGGGAGAAAUACCUCACACAAAAGCUGCUUCAUGAGAGUCACCUCAAAGACCUCACCAAAAACAUGGGGCUUAUAGCCGAGCGGAUGGGAGAAGUGGUUGACAACAGUGUGCGGCCAAAGCUCGAAUGAAGGAGAGUUUAUGUCCCGAGAAGCACUUUAAAAAGGAAUUAGCUGUCAGACGUGUCUCGAAUCACUAGACGGGAUGUUGUUCACUCACUCAGGCAAACAGGAGUCUUCACUGUGCCCAUUUCUGCCUGUGUUGUUUUUCAGUUUCAGCUAGCAAUGAAGGAACUAGAAAACGGAAAACUUUGAUCAAGAAAGGCAUAAAAUUACCUACCUGGAAAACCUAAAUAUGUUCCCUGUUUUUGAUAAAUUUGGAUUUUAGUAACAGGAAAAGCCUCGAAGCAUGCUUGAGUCCUUCCUGGGGACUUUGCUUGUCUGCUCUCAAGCACUUUCCUGUGCUUAAUUUUUGCAUUUUGCCAAAUCUAUCCCAGACCUAUUUUGUCCUGACAGUACCGUCACCAAAGACCAGGCAUAUCUCAGCCUUAAUCGUUUUUGUGUUAUUAACAAAUAGCCAGCUCAGAAUUAAGUCUGGAUGCCAUAUUAGGUGCCAGGUAGACUGAAGAGUUCACAGUAUUUCAGUCUCUCUUACUAUACCCCUAAGAAAGGAGACCUCAUGGCAUAAGAAACAACGUCCUUCAUUUCAGCCUGCAUUUCCACCUCCAAGAAAUACUGGUCUUAGAUGGGCAUGAAGAAAGAGGGUAUUAAAUGAAGCCUGUCCCUGUUACUCCAUGGGACACCUGCCUUCCAGCAACACUCCCAGCAUGCUCUGGGCCCAAUCAAUGUUGACUGCUCUGCAAAUUGUAAGAGAGUACAAUGAGAAAGGAGGAAAAAGUAACUUACUGAUCUGGACAUUUAAUUUACUUCUUCUUAAAUAUGUAAGAUUCUUAGGGAAAUGAUAAUCAUAUGAUUGUGACUGCAUUGUUAUCAACAUAAUGGGCUGGGAACUGUAAGCCCAUCAACUUUGUACAAACUGACUUACCCAGAAGGAAGGCACUACAAUCACGACUGGCCUUCUGCUUGUCUCCAUAAAAAGGCCGGUGCCCUGACAAUAAUGGGCUUGGUCAGGGCAACAGCUAGCAACUUGCCCUGUCCUGUAGAACCUUUCGUUGUGGCCAGCAGCACUCACUGUGAGUCCUACUGACCUUUCUGCUUGCCACAGUGACCAGCUUCCUUGCCAUCUCUUCAUUUCCUAGGCCCAAUAACCCGUUUGUAAUCACAACCGUGCUAGAGACAAGUCUACCCGGAUUACUGCCAUUUGAGGGAGGAGACCCUGGAUUUAGUUUGAGCCCCCAGCCUCCUCUCAGCCAUCAGGCAGUUAAGGGAAGGGCUGGUUUGUCUGCCCGUGGCUUGCUGCUCAGCCCUAGCCCCCUGGUGCCUUACGCUCUCUGCUGCUCACCCGAGAGGUUUCUUGAGCCCUGCAGCCUCUAUGUGCUCAGCUUCCCUCCAACAGGUCUAGAGGAGAUGUUGCUACAUCUCAAACCUUUACGAUGGAUGAUAGAGGUCAGUGCUGGGUGAAGAAGGGAGGACCUGCCUCACACUGUUUGGGAUGGGCCUCUGCUGACUAGAUUGGUGUGAAAUGCCUGGGUGCCCAGGAGUCAAUCCAAGGAAAGUGAACGGGUUUAGAGACUGUCUUCUCAGGGCCAUGGUUUUAAAUGCCCAGAACAGUGCGUUAGAGUAUCAUGAUUAAGAAAGCAGUGUUCUGGGCUCUUGAGUAGCCCAGUGGAUCGGCGGGAACAUUUUCCCACCUCCCUUGUGCUGGGAGUUCAAGAGCUGCCAUACAGUAUCUUAACUAUGCUGAGACAGGAACGACUUGCCUCCCCCCACACCAGGGAUGCUCUCACUCCACAGCUGACACCAGGUGCCACUCCCGGUCCCCACCCAGACUGCCCUGGAGAGCCUCACUCUAUUACCUCUUCUCCAGAGCCUGUGCUUGUUUCCUAAGGAUCGAAAGUACUGGCACUUUACUUGACAGAAAAGGAAAUCUUCACAUCUCUCUUUUCCUCCUUUCUUUGUAUGCACAAAGAAAACUUCAAAUGAAAAGUGCAUUUAUUUAUCUAUAUCCCCUAGCCAAGAACUCCCUUCACAGUGUAGAAAGUGCCACCGUGGACAGGAGAAGAAAACACAAACAAAGAAAAAAAAAACAAACAAACUGAUUUUCCAAAGGGAGCAAGUGUGGUUUCUGACAGCACCAGAGUGCUGAAGACUAAGUAGAAGUGAGCUGUAGAGUCCCAUGGCAUCAAUAUCAGUCCUAUGAGACCUGUGCCAAGUUGGUGGUGGAGGGGAACAAAGGACACCUGCAGAGGCAGUCUGCAUCUGCAGAGCAGUGAGGUAGUCCCCAGACCCAGGACAUCAAGGGCAUGACAGUGGCCCGUGGGGGAAGAAUCCAGCCCUCCACCUGUCCAGCGUUAACCACUAGCAAAGUUUAUAUUGCCUUUGAAUCUUAAUCAAUUGAAUCAGUAGACCCAAUACUCAGGGGAUUUUCCUUUACAUGUUCCUCAGAUCUUUUAGGUAGUCCAUUAGAAUAGAAGGCCGUAAUUUGUCUUGAAAGCCAACAAGGCCAUCUUGUAACAAGUUUGUCAAGUUCUCCCCUUUGUAGUGUCCAUGAGUAGUGAGUUUCAUAGGACAUCACACUUAUUGGUGGCAGAAUACAAUAUGUAUUGGUUACACACUUCUUGUGCUCUCCUUUCGUUCCCAUUAUGGUUGAAAAGUGGAAGCAGUGCACAGCUUAGCUAAAAAGGGACUGAAAUUCACGAUGCUUCCUGUGCAAUGUAGCGUCGAUGUUGUUUGUAACUGAUGUUUGUUCAUUUCUAUGCCUUUUAAUAUUUUUUAAUUAUGAGCAUUUUAAUAAAUUCAGUUUUACAAACA